AUGCCCUCAACCGAAGGUCAGGAUUCCUCAUCACCAGCACCUUUUCUCUCACCGUCACCCUUUCGCUCUUUCGGUCGUUCAAUAUUUAGUCCGAGGCGCGAACAUAGUCAAUCUAUGGAGGCCAUCCAUGAAUACAAUUUCUCUGAUACAGAACUUGAAUCAUUUCAAAAACAGAUUGUAGAUCGGCUUCAUGACCUGUCAGGUGCAAGCGCAGAUGAAUUAAUCUCUGUUGAUUGGAUAAGGAAACUUUUGGAUUCUUUCAUAUAUUUCCAAGAAGAAUUUAAAGUAAUCUUGUUGAAGAACAAAACACAAAUCUCAAGGCCACCGUUAGAUCAUUUGGUUGGUGAAUAUUUUGAAAGGAGUCUCAAGGCAUUGGAUGUUUGUAAUGCAACUCGUUCUGGGAUUGACAAAGUCCAUUUAUGGCAAAAGCAUUUGGAGAUUGUUUUGUGUGCUUUAGAUUCUCGGCAAAGAGUAAUCGGCAAGGGCCAAUUUCGUCGAGCAAGAAAAGCAUUGAUGGAUUUAGAAUUGGCAAUGUCUGAAGAGAAAGAUUCUGAUUCUGUUAUUUCAUAUCGGAAUCCUCCUCCAUCUUUUGGACGGAAUAACCAAAGCAGCAAGAAUUAUCGUCAUCCCCAUCAUCGUUCUCUUUCAUUGACUGUUUCUCCAUCUGCUUCUGCAGCUAGACAAAUUCAGUUGAUGGCAAACAAUUUAAUCCAACCUCGUCUAAAUGAGAUUAUGUCUACGAAUGGACUUGCACUCACCAUUUAUACAAUCAGCUCUGUGCUAAUGUUUGUUUUGUGGACUCUUGUUACUGCAAUUCCUAACCAAGACAAGGGCCUUAACAUUCAUUUGUCUUUCCCUCGCCAUUUAUCUUGCGGUUUUCCUCUUCUCUUACUUCAUGAGAGGAUCGUAGAGGAGACCAGGAGAAGAAAUCGCCCAAACUCCAAUACAGGGUCGCUGAAGGAAAUUUAUAAAAUUCAGAAAUGCGCGCGUCAAUUGACAGAGUUGAUUGAUCUUCCUGAUGAUCAGUUUCCAAUCACAGAGGAACACAAGAAUCAAGUAGAGGAGGGUGUAAAAGAGCUAGCAUUGGUUUCUGAUGCUUUUAAGAGCGGUUUGGAUUCACUAGAGCAACAAGUCAGAGAAGUAUUCCAUAGGAUUGCGUGUUUUAGAAAUGAUUUUAGGAUUUGA